UCGGAUUGGAGUGGAUGGCUCUUGCUCCGCUGUUGACAAAUCACGCCAUCCUGACCGACAAGCUAACAUUCUCCGAGCUCUUCUCUCCGAACAGCGGCAUUUUGGGAAGUUGUGAACAAGACGCCAUCAUGUCUAAAGGUACAGUGAUCCUGGCCUACAGUGGCGGACUGGACACUUCCUGUAUUCUGGUGUGGCUCAAGGAGCAGGGCUAUGAUGUCAUAGCUUACAUGGCCAAUAUUGGACAAGAUGAGGACUUUGGAGCGGCUAAAACAAAGGCAGAAAAGCUAGGUGCCAAAAAGGUUUUUGUGGAGGACCUUCGCGCAGAGUUUGUGGAAGACUUCAUCUUGCCCGCUGUUCAGGCCAACGCCAUCUACGAGGACCGAUACCUGCUGGGCACGUCGCUCGCUCGUCCCUGUAUCGCCCGACGCCAGAUUGAGAUUGCACAGCAGGAGGGAGCCCAGUAUGUGUCCCAUGGGGCCACAGGGAAGGGAAAUGACCAGAUUCGUUUUGAACUGACAUUCUACGCUCUCUACCCUGAUGUUAAGAUUAUUGCACCCUGGAGGAUCCCGGAGUUCUACAACCGUUUCCGUGGGAGGACAGACCUGAUGGAAUACGCGCAGAAACAUGGCAUUCCUGUGCCCGUCACUCCUCGCGCACCGUGGAGCAUGGACGCCAACCUCAUGCAUAUAAGUUAUGAAUCUGGCAUCCUGGAGAAUCCCAAAAACCACGCUCCAGCUGACCUCUAUCUCAUGACCAAGAACCCGGAAGAUUCUCCCUCCACCCCUGAUGUACUGGAGCUGGAGUUUAAGAACGGAGUCCCAGUGAAAGUGGUCAGUCUGACUCAGGGAAUAUUCAAGGACAACCCUCUGGAUAUAUAUUUGUUUCUAAAUAUGAUCGGAGGAAAGCACGGAGUGGGUCGCAUCGACAUCGUGGAGAACCGUUUCAUCGGCAUGAAGUCCAGAGGGAUAUAUGAAACCCCGGGUGGUACGAUCCUACUGAAUGCCCAUCUCGACAUCGAGACCUUUACCAUGGACAAAGAGGUGCGGAGAAUCAAGCAAGGGCUCGGCAUCAAGUUCUCCGAACUGGUCUACAAUGGUUUCUGGUACAGUCCGGAGUUUGAUUUCGUGCGACACUGCAUAGCCAAGUCUCAGGAGAAGAUUGAGGGCAAAGUGCAGCUGUCUGUCUUCAAGGGUCAGGUCUACAUCCUGGGACGAGAGUCACCUAAGUCGUUGUACAACGAGGAGCUGGUCAGCAUGGACGUGCAAGGAGACUACGACCCGAGCGACGCCUCGGGAUUCAUCAGGAUUAACGCCGUCAGGCUAAAGGAGCAUCAGCGUCUGCAGGGCCUCUCCAAGACCAAGCAGUGAAGUCCACUGAACCACAAGUAAUGCCUCGAAAACACCGACAAUGUUAUCACUGCCAUGUAAUAUGUCAAAAAUUAGGCUACAAGCUGGUAUUCACAUUCCUAAUAAUUGGUAAAAUUAUAAAUAAAGGACCAAACAAGCA